AUGGCCAGGCCAAUGGAAAUGGAUCAGUUCAACAAAUCCAGGCUGUCUUCGGACCCCAUGGCUGCAAGCCGUGGCCUGAACACUCCUCCCGUGCCGUAUGGCUUGAUGAACUUCUAUGCCGGUGAUGAUUCGCCAUGGGUUGGAUUCAAUAUGCCGGCGUCCGCAUCUGCUCAACCUAGUCACCACAUGAACCCCGUGGAUGUUAGUAGGAAUGCCCCCGCGUUUGCUAGUUGGAGAAGCAACGGACAGCCAUCAGAGUGCGGCACCAUCCCCCAGGCCUACCUGCCCUCCGACUCUGGCUAUGAAAGUAGAGCGAAACACAGCAUCGUCGAUGACAGGUCCGUCUACGAGGAAAACACGGAAACCCAAAGCCUCGCCGGACAUAUGAUGGAAUUCAACCCUUUCCCACUCUCAACGUCCACGUUUCGCGACGCUCACGUCCAAGCGUGGCCACCAGCACCGCCAGCACCAGUACAGACCGGCCCUACGGACAAGUUGAUAUGCCCAGAUUGUCAAGCUCUUUGUAAGACAAAGUCCGAGCUGAACCCAUCCCAAAAGCCCCAAGAAACGUCGCGCACUGUGCAAGAAGAUCUUGAAGGCGUAGGAUCGGAGCUGUUCAACUUCGGCAGUGAUUCUCAGGGAUGGGAAAUUUCCUCUCCGGAGCAGCCGAUGGAAAUGGAUGAUCUUCUCGUCGACCCAUCCUUGACGAACAUUGACGAGACCAGCAACAUUCCGCUUGUUCAGAACCAUCAUGCUUUUGUCCAGCCGACGCAGAUUUCUAGGCCACCAUCAACAAUCAAGCCCCUCCUUCCUGGCGGACGUACGCGUGAUGGUCAGGCCCACAUUACUGUGGAUUUUCCCAAGAGCCUUGACGCUUGCUCUGAUGAUCUGAAGGAGUCCCCCAUGGAUUCCGUCAAUGCCAUGGAUUGCGAUCUUGCCGCUAAAGCUCCUGAAUCGGAGUCUGAAAUCGAAAGGGCCAGCUCACAGAAACCAGCUGCAGGGGCCUGGUCAUCUGCAGGCGAGGUUCUCAACGAACAAGACGCCCUCAGAAUCCUGGAAAAGCUCCCCAAGGAGGUUAUUGCAAAGUUCUUGAAGGGCCAGUCCAAUCAGAAGCCGUCACAUGAGCCAAUAACCAGCAUCGAAGCCCAUCGUUGCACUAAAUUAAGCUGCAGCAAGACCUUCAAUCGCAGAUGUGAGUUGAAGAAGCACAUGAAACGUCACGAUAAGCCUUACGGAUGCACCUUUUCUGGCUGCUCGAAGAGAUUUGGCAGCAAAAACGAUUGGAAGCGCCACGAAAACAGCCAACACUUCCAGCUUGAGGUCUGGAAGUGCAGUGAGAAGCGCGCCGACGACGACAACACGCAGACAGAGACUACUUGCGGGAAGGUUUGCCACCGUCGCGAGACCUUCCGCAGCCACUUGCAAAAGGAGCACAAGAUGGACGAUGCCUCACAAGUUGACAAGGCCCUCGAAGAUUGCCGCGUCGGUAGAAACUGCGAGUCUCGCUUCUGGUGCGGCUUCUGUGUAAAGAUUAUCGAGAUCACCAAGAAGGGUGCGAAUGCUUGGACUGAGCGUUUCAACCACAUUGAUAACCACUACGCCGGCCGCGACAACGUGGCCAAGAAGGACAUCUCUGAGUGGAAGAAUGUCGACCCAGAGCUGCACGAGAUAGACUUCGCGGGCUCAGUGGACGAUUCGAGUGACGCCGAGUCGUGCGAUGAAGCCACUGCUUCACAUAAGCCCUCUGGACUCGUCAUGAAAAGCAUCAUGACAAGGAAGAGAGGUGCAGAUGACGACAACGACGAACGGGAGCCAAAACGCUUGAAGGACGCCCGUAUCACACAGAGGUGGAACUGCGUACGUGCUCUCCCAAUGUACCUGCCGCAAACCAUGCUGACCAUUGAAUAG